AUGCCUCUUCAAAUCAACGGCGUCGAGGCCUGGAUAACAGUUGACGAUAAGGUGCGGGUGAUGGAGUAUGCUGUGGACGUCGACGAGGAUAUGGGAGUGGCGACGUGCUGGAUAAGCGGUGAGCCGGGACAGUCUUUUGCCAUACGAUGGCGGGACCUCACCGACCCGAUCGCGAGUCCGAGCUCACCUCGCGGCGGCGAUUACACCGCGCGGGAUCUGAGUGGGUUCGUCAUGAUGGACGGCUAUGAGCUGGGUGGCAGAGUGCUACAAGCCCGGAGCCAUGCGUCUGCCAUCUUCUCCCGUAUCGCGACGUCGCCAACUUCCUGUUUGCCAUUGACCUUCUCUACCCUUCCUCGGACUGCUGGAAUCGGAGAAGACUGGAAGACCCUUGGCACGAUAUCACUCGACGUGCACGUAGUCCAAAUUGGCGAGGGUAACCGGCUCCAUGAGGGCUACUCGAGCUACUAUCGACGGUAUGAAGGCUCGCCUCUGUCCUCUGCCACGCCCUUCUCGUCCACGGAAGUCACAAGUGUUCGCAAGAUCGCUACUUUCGUGUUCAAAUAUCGGCCCCUGGAUGUCCUGCAAUACCACUGCAUCGCGCCGAUAACAGUCCCGUUCACACCUCUUAUACCACGUCUAGGCAACAAGCGCCGUGCCCCCGACUCGGACUCGGACAGCGACUCCGUGAGUCAAGAGAGCGAGGAGGAUGAUAUGAUACCGUGUACCCCAUCGUUGAUAUUCACGGAGUCGGAUUCGGACUCCUCUCAGGACUUCGGGCGCCCUCUGCGAAUUCGGCCAUCGAGGAACUCGUACGACCAGCAAUCUGGUUAUCAUCCACAAGCCAAACGGCUGCGGUUCCACCUCUAA